GGAUGAACACACUUUCACUACACGGACGUCGUUUUUAUUUGUGUACGAGUCAUGAAAGUCCUAAAAACAUAGGAUUGCAAGAAAUGUGUUAGCCGAUCGAAUAUAACUAACUACUUUCAUUGCAUAAUGCUGAAUAGUGUCCAGAAAGAACAAGGCAAGUGGGGGAACACGCUGUAAACUUAUUAUGAACUGUGAAUGUGUCAUCACCAUUGUCGUGUAAAUUAUGUAGACCAUGUAGGUCAUUUCAAUAACAUGAAUACCAGAAAGAAUAACGAUUUAACGACGCUCCGUCACAGGAAAAGACGGGAAAACUUUGGAGACCGUAAACCAAGCUAUACCGGUGAACUUUUAAACGCUUCUGUUUACCCUUCCGGUGUUCGUGCACAAACCUUAGAACAAUUACAACAGAACUACGGUGCGCCAUGUUUGUUGGACUUCAUCCGCGACGAGGAAAAUAAUAUUCCAUCAAUAAGAAAUGAAGCUAAUACCAGAACGAAGAGCUUUGAUAGAGGCGUCUACAAUUCUAAACAUAUGGACUCUGGUGUCCGAGAACCGACCAAUUCCAGCAGAAGUGAAAAGAGAGAAAUGAAAAAGACGAUGUGGUUGACAACAGAACAUAAAUGUACAAUUCCUGACGUCAGAGACACCGUGUACAUUAAUACGUUUUGUCCAGAGGAACGACCAAUACGAUACAAAGAAAUAACACUGCCUAGAAUAAGUAAAGAACGCCCAUGGACAGUGAACGAAGGUACCCAAGCAAAGAGAUCAAACGUUGCAUUAUCUCAUGAACCACGAAAAAGUGACCGGGGAGGAUACCAUGACAGAAGCAAUGGAUGGGUGGGUUCAACUUCCCCUACCAGACACCCGAACAUUGGCGGAAUGUCUAACCCUUUACCAUUUUGUGAUAUCAAGCGAAUUCCGAUAGUCGAUAGAAUGAAAUAUACAUCAGAUCUUUAUAAUAGCAAUUACAUGUCAUCACCCCGUAAUACCAAAAGGCCUUUAAGAGCAGAACAGGGCAAAUAUCGGCCCUUUUCUACGAUUUCUGUUAAAAUACCACAUGUUUAUAGAGAAACGUCUAAUUCUCCCAAAAUGUUUAUAUCUGUAGGUCAGUAUAUGAGAUACGUAGAGACAAAAGCCCUACAGGUGAAAGUGAACAAGACACUUACAACCCCGGCAUCUAGUCCACAAAAACGGUUCAAUACGGCCUUAUCCCGAUAUCACGACCCUGAUAAUCAAGCCGUACAAUUCGUAAUGAACGUUAAUCGACCACCUUCAUCUAAAACAGGGACGCUAGUUUUAGGCAGUGCGUCAACGUCUACUUCAAAAAGUCCUGUGCCUAAUGAUAAAAACACGCGUGAAAAACAUUCAGUUCCAAGUUCUACAACUAGUGCAAGUCAAGAAAGAGGUGGUGAAUUUCAUAGUGGUGUUAAUACUGACUUAAGUUAAGGAUGCAUUAUGUAAGAGCUAAAUCUGCCUUACAUAAUCGAGACUUUGUUAUUAUUGUAACAACAGUAGCAAUGACAACCGAGACUACAAUGUUCUUCAAACGGUCAUAAUCCGUUCAGAAUAAAGUAAUUUGACUGAAAUUUUCAAUAUAUUCCCUUUCAUUCAAAGGAGGAAAGUCUCUAACUCAAUAUCAUCCCCAGUUUUCGACAUUGCAAACACGACUUAUUGAUCAAUUUAAAUCAACAUUAAUGCUGCUACCUUACCGUGAAAGAUGGGCUUCUGAUAUCCAAUAUUCAAGAGAAAAUGAAAAUUUUAAAAUUGGCACAGGAAUCGCGUGCCAGAAUGCUUUCGAGGGCCAUUUAAUUGAAGAGAUUAUAGGAAAUCAAUUAAAGUAGCUAAGUCUUUAACUCAAUAUCAUCCAAAAUCUUCGACAUUUAAGUCAACAUUGAUGUUGUGAUCUUACCGGGAAAAGAUGACCUUCUGGUAUCCAAUAUUUAACACAAAAUAAACAUUUUACCUUUGGUACACGAAGCGUGUACCAUAAUGCGUUUCAGUGGCGUUUGUAAUAAGGGACUCGAAAAACGAGACUAGGCAUGUUCCACAAGUCAUGUCAAACGGUGACAUCAUAUUCUUAUCUGGAGAGCAUGCGCAAUAAAUACUAUCUGUCUAGACUGGAAUAAUCAGGCGCUAGAGAUGGCCAUUCGAUUGAGACUUCUGGCGUAUUUCGCCGAACAUAACUGAUUAUUAUUAUUAUUUAUUAUUAUUAUUACAGCAGAUUUAUAGUGCGCCCUU